GCAGAUGACUGAGAAGAUCAAGAAUUUUCAGAAAGAAAACAAAGAACUUGAAGAAAAUGUAUCCUCUUGGGAGCAGAAGACCAACAACGCAAAGAAAUGCUUAGAGGCCAUUAGGCAAAAGAAGAUGCUCUCUGAGGAAGCACUGAAAUUUAAGGAGAACUUGAAAAUCAUUAAGAGGAAGAGUGAGUAUUUGAAUGACAUCAUUCAGAUUGCUCGAGCUAAGCUGCAGUCAGCGAGGGACCAGAACGCCAAGAGCCCACACUUGCCACGUGUUUUGAAGACCAGAUCUGAGGAUACGAUGCAGAGAGCCGAGACAACUGAGGACUGCAGCCUGGAAGGUAUGUUGCUUGUUGGGAAGAAAACCUCAUAUGCAGCCUCAGGGCCUGGUGGCGCCCCUGUGAGGAACGGCAGCGACUUCCGUGCUCAGGAGGCCGAGGAGACACAG